AUGAUUUGGAAUAUUACUAAAAGUAUCAAAAGACAACAAUAUUUUAAUAAACAUUAUAUAAGAAAUAUUUCAUUAAAAUCACCAGAAUUCAAAUUUCCUUGUACAAUUGAAGAACUUGAAGAAGGAUUUCAACAAAGUUCAAUUAAUAAUAUUAAUUAUAACAAGGAUGAAUCAAAUUUAUUUUUACAAAUUUGUAAAUCUAUAUUUAAAGAUAUUUUACUAGGAGAAAGGAAUUUAAAUUUUAUUUUUAAUAACCAAAUUAUGAAACAGAUAGAACAAGUAAAGAUGAUUCACAGAACUCUUGAUAAAAAUAUUAGUAUUGAAGAAAAUAUUAACAAAGAAUUUCAAAAUAUUUUUAAUCUUGAAAAAAUAUCUAAUCUUGAAAAAGUAUCUAAUUUUGAAUAUAUAUACAAUGAUGACAAUAAAGAAAAAAAUAUUAUUAGUAGUAAUAAUAAAGAUAUUGAAGAUAUUGGUAGUAAUAAUAAAGAAGAAAAUAGUGAAAAAUUAAAUGAAAAUAAAUUAAUGUAUUGCCAAGAAAUCGAUCAACCAUUAAUAGAAAAUCUUCUUUUAAUUUCUCGUAAAUGGUAUUAUCCAUUUACCGAAUAUCUUCAAAAACUUCAUAAAUCUCAAUGGCAAAAAUUCAAUACAUCAUCAUUAUUAUUUACUACAGAUAUAAUGGAACGAAAAUUAAAACGGCAACUUAUUACCAAUACCAAUAAAUAUAUUCCAGGGUUUAAAUAUUUAUUUCAAAAUGAUUGGCAAGUAAUAGAUAAACAAUCACAAUAUGGUCAAGGUGAUUUAAUUUUUGCAUCAGAUUAUGGAAUAUUAUUAGUGGUUGAAGUAAAAUAUUUAAAUCCUAAACAAAGUAGAAGUACACGUAAAGGCAGAAAUAUGAGAAGAAAUUUCGUUAAAGAACAAACAGAAAAAUAUAAAUUUAAAGCUAUGGAAAAAUUUCUUAAUGUGAAUGUAGCAGUUAUUGGAGCAUAUUUUAUAAAUGAAAUUGAUUGGGAUAAAGGUACAGAGAAAGAAACAUUAGUAUUCAUUGGAGAAAUUGAUGAAAUGAUUGCAAAAGCUGUAAAUAAACUUGAAAAUGAUUUUAAAUUACAAAGAAGAAAUGAAGGUAUGAUUUUCAUUUACAUAAUAAAUAAAUAA